AAGCAGGAAUGUUGGAGUGUUUUCAGAAAACUUUGGACAAGUUUGACAGUUUGGGAGCUAAGACACAAACUGCGGAGAAACAUGUCGGAGUGUUACCUGCUGCUGAUGUUGCUGUAGAGUGGUCAGUCUCAAUCGACUGACUGACUUUAACCACACACAGACUGGCGGAUAUGGAGAGUGGAUCUGUGGGGAUGGACACCAGCACGGCUCCAGAGCGCAGAGUGCAGUCAGACUACAACUUGGCCUGUCUGCGGCGUCGGGCCUGGGCCCAGAGCAGAGACUCCCUCUGGCAGGAAUCAGAAGCAGAGAGCGGCAGUUCCCAGGAGCCCCAACAGGACCAGGGGGACAGGGAAGAACAAAGACUCUCAGAAGAACCAGGGCGAGUUCCUAACAAGAUCACCAGCUGGCUGAUUGAAUGCAGGACUCCCCUCGGCGCCUCUCUAGAUGAUCAAACUGCUUCUCCUAGCAAAGGAGUGCUGAAGAACGGCUGCAGCUUUGAAGAUGACCUUUCCCUGGGAGCUGAAGCCAACCAUCUUCAGUCCAGUAACAGUAAAACCGAAUCCUGUUUUGGUCUUGCGGCAGAUCAGAAGAGGAGUCAGUAUAAAGAGAGAGGAAGAAGUAUGAACUCCACAGGAUCGGGGAAGAGCAGCACUGUGUCCAGUGUGUCGGAGCUGCUGGACCUGUACGAGGAGGACCCAGAGGAAGUCCUCUUAAAUCUUGGUUUUGGCAGAGAAGAACCCGAUCUAGCCUCGAAGGUUCCCUCCAGGUUCUUCAACAACUCCUCCAUAGCUCGAGGCAUCGACAUCAAGGUCUACCUAGGAGCUCAGCUGCAGCGCAUGGAAGUGGAGAACCCAAACUACGCUCUGACAAGUCGUUUCCGUCAGAUCGAGGUCCUGACUACAGUAGCUAACGAGUUCUUCCAGCUCUACAGUCAAGUUUCUGGUCAGCCUGUUCAACGAAUCAGCUCCAGGGACCAAGGAGGAGAAGGAGAGGAGUCGUCUCCUCCCCUGAAGAGGACCAGCUCGGCUCGGAACAUGGCCAAACUCCUCAAGAAAUCUCUCACCAAACACAACCUGCAUUCGUCCAGUGCAGAGUCAACUGAUUCACAGACGCCGAACCAAAUGACACAACCGAACGGACACGCCACAUCCAAUCACACACACACGAACGGUCAUGCACACACUACUCCUGAACAGGACCGCUGCAGUACCGACCCCGAACACCAGGCGGAGACUGUCAACCAGAAGCACAUGCGUAAGAAGGACAGCUGUUCUCUGGCAACGGUUACAGAGGAAACCAACGGGGACGGAGAUGACAGCCCUGAACAGAGCAGAACCGGACCAGCAGCCAAUGGAGAGCAGCAGUCAGAGUCAGCUGACUCUCAGUCGGCCAAUCAGAGAACAGAGGAAGGAGCCCAGGUGGUCAAAGAAGAGAAGAACCUGACCUCUACCCCGGAGAAAGCUCCUCCCACACUGGCCCCGCUGCAGCUGGCUCAGCUUCGCAUGGAAAACGCAGACUCUUUCGACAUGGAGGAGAUUCAGAGUAACGAAGAUGAGGCUCUGCCACACAGAACAUCCCGAGCCCCUGACCUGUUGAGGACAGUCAGUCAACAGUCAGACAGCAGCGGUUUUGCUGAGGAGCCGUCCGCCGACUCUAACAGCUACCUAAAGGUGCAGGAGAGCAGUGACAGCUGUGACAGCGAGACCACGGUGACAUCACACCCCUCACUAGAUGCAGCCACGCCGCUGGCAAUGGACCAGCCAGUGUUUGAGCUUCCAGACAGCCAAGAGGAAGAGGCGGGGCCUGCUGUUGCUACUGAGGUUGAUGGGAGAAGUACUUCCAGGGAAGAAGAAGAGACUGAUGUUAGUUCAGAGCAGGUUCCACAAUACACAGCCCAUCACCUUCCCAGGAACGGAGCAAUGGGAACGCAGCAGGAGGAGACCAGAGAGAGUGUGGAUCGCACUGAUUCUGAACCUGAACCUGAACCAGAACCGGAACAGGAGGUCUCUCAGAGUCUGCCUGCUGCAGAACAAGAACCACAACCACAACUAGAAAAUGCUCAGAAUCAAUCUACUUCAGAACCAGAACCACAACACACUCAGAACCAGACUGACGCAGACAAAGAAGCUCCCUCGGAGGGAGAGGGUGCUGAGGAUAGUGCCCAAGAGGACCAGGCAUUCUUGGACGAUUCUGGUCAACUUUGUCCUCCUCCUGCUUCUACCUCUCCCGUUCUCAGCGCUCUGUACAGAGCCAAACAGAGCCAGCUGACCCGCGGUGGGAGAGGACGAGGAAGAAGAGGUAUCCCCCUGCAGAGGUCCUCCUCCCUGCCCACCUCGCUCCUCUCGCCCUCCAGGGUCGUGUCCUCUGUCAGGAUCCAGUUUGGGCGAGGCCAGGCGUCUUGCACGCAGCCCAGGUACUCCUUCAAAUACACCCAGGAGGGUGAAGAGGACAGAGGAGAAGAUGAGCAGGAGGAGGACGAGGAGGAAGAAGAGGAGGAAGGACAAACUAAUUGUCUAUCCACUCUGAUUAUAAACCCCGCCUCCUCGUCUGACUUUAUCAACCGAACACAAAGGCUUCCCACAGAAGCUCCCGUCCCACCUAAACCCAUCCCACGCUACCUGCUGCGGUCGACCUGCUCCCUGCACAGCUGCAGCCCUCCUCCUGAUUGGUCACCAGGAAGCCACUCCAACUCCUGGAGCACGCAGAGCGUUCCUGAUCUCUCCUCCCAUCAGCAGCAGCCGGGCCAGUUCCAACAGAACAUGAGCGCCAACCAAAACCAGCAGAGUUGGAAUCAAGGGCAGACGGUGUUUCGUUAUCCCAAUCCUGCAGCUCAGUAUGCAAGCCCCAAUCCCAGUCCCAGCCUGAACACCCACCCAUACCCCUUCCCUCCCAACCCUCCUCAGCAGUACCCCUCCCCUCUCCAUCCGUACGCCAGUGUUUCUAACCUCGUUCACCAACACAGUUUGCCCCACCAUUCUAGUCUGCCCAGUCUAUACCAGCCUACGACUCCCAUGAUGCCUCAGCACGGCAGCCUCUCCAACUUGCAUCAGCCCUCGACUUCGACGGCUCCUCAUCACGUCAAUCUGAGCAACAUGCAUCCAGGAACUCCAUCAAUGCACCAACAGGGCUACAAUCAUCUAUACAGCCAUCAGACACCUUACCAUGCCGCUCCCCACAGCUCCCAGUUUGCCUCACCCUACUUUGGCUACCCAGGGUACAACAUGAACCCACUCCUAGUGUACCCCCACCCCGGCCCCCAGUAUUCGCCGAUGGCCCCAGAACACAGCCUCCACCCAGGGUUUGCUCCUCCUGCUCCAGGCUUCUACCCAGGUGUGGCGUCACCCCUCGGUCCGGGUCACAGCCGCCACCCGGGGCUCGCUCCUCAUGCUGCUCCAGGUCCAGGACCCAGCCAGGGCCCGUCCACCACUGAGAUGCAACUGAGGAGAGUUCUGCACGACAUCAGAGGAACGGUGCAGAGUCUGACCCAGAACCGAGCUGACACUCCAGACGGGUUCAGUGAGCACAGAGCAGGUCCGCCCAGCCACCAGGUACCCUCAUCCCUCAUCACUCCUUCAAACGUGUCUUUGUCAGAGUUUCAGCAGAAGAGGCGAAGUUUGAAUUUGUUCCGCAGUCAGAUGAUGGACCUGGAGCUGUCAAUCAUCCGACAGCAGGCUCUGGUCUAUAAACACCUGAGCCCUGCCGACAGGAUGGAGGUGGAGCAGCUUCAGUCUCUGAGGUCGGCGGUCAGAGAGGAACUGCAGGAGCUGGAACAACAGCUGGAGGACAAACUGCUGGAUCUGACACAACACACGGGUCUCCACAGAGACGGAAGUGUUGACAGUCUGUCCACCGCCUCUGCACUGAGAGCCAUGGAGCCGGUGUCUGACCUCCUCAGAGAGCAGCUCUACCUCCAAUCAGAGCUCAGCUACGAGGGUCACAGCGCCUCCACCAACCCCUCCUCCCGAUCCUCCAGUCCAGUCCGAGGAAGAGGAGGAGGAGGAAGAGAUGCUGAGCAGAAAGGAGGUGUGUACCGAGCAUCAAUAAACAUAAAUCCUGCGCCCCCUCCUCGGCCCAACACGCACACCGAAGAAGAGGAGGAGAAGGAAGAGGAGAGCGAGAGGGACAGAAGAGAUGGACAAGGAAGAGGAGGAGGUGGAGAAGUACCAGAGGAGGAGGAGGAGGAGGAGGAGGUGGGAGCAGCGGGAGGAGCAAAAAUGGGAAACCUGCAGCAGCUCAUCAGAGAGAUCCGAGAGAGCUUGGCACAGGAGGUCCGACAGGAGAUCUACAGCGAGCUGCUGGCUGCCGCCUCGCCACGGCGGUCACCCCUGCCCGGCAGAAAACACCCCCUGUAGUCCCGCCAACAGCAGAGCACCGCCCCCCUUUCACAGGAACACUGUCUGUCUGUAACACUGUUUAGCUGAGUAACACUGUCUGUGUGGAACACUAUGUGUCUGUAACACUGUAUGUCUGUAACACUGAUGACGACACGAGCGCAUCGCCUGCAUGUGAUUAACCCCGCCCACCCGCUCCUGUGGGGGGCGGGGCUCCAGACGGGACGCAGAGGACGUUUUUUGUGUCUUGUUUGCUGGUGUGAUGCAUGCUGGGAACGCCAGCCUGUGAAACAUUAGCGAGGAUGUGCCGUCUUUUCCUCACAUUCCUUUUUCUAAGCUGUUUGAUCAAAGCUAUGUCUCAAACUACUAUCAAUGCCACUAAUACUACUAGUACUACAGCUAGUACUGCAGUACUCUACCAGUACCACUACUACUACUCCCAACACCUGUGAAUGUCCCCAUUAAGUUAAUUUGCCCCAGAUCCCGGUCUGAGAUCAGAUAAGUCCGUCCUCAUGAAAAUAAUAAUAAAUAAUCAGUAGCUUGUAACAUAAAAAACAGUCAUUUGUAAAUUUGGCUGAACUGAGCCUUUAAUGUUAUCAUAAAAACACACACAGGGGACAGACUUCCCUUGAAAAUACUGUAAGUGCCUUAAUUAAUAAAUUGAUCUUGUUCCUUUUUACAUUCUUUAACCUGCAACAAGAGUCUAGAUUUCCCUCAAACUGAGCUUUAAGCCUUUAAAGUUACUCAUUCCAUGCACAUUUCACCUUCAUAUAAAAAGUUUAAAGAGGUCUUAAAGAUAUAUAAUAAAAGGAUUAUGAUCCUAUAUCUCGCCACAUCCCUUUAUCAUCAUCAUCAUCAUCAUCAUCAUCACCACCACCAUGAUUUUGCUUCUGUUCCUCUCGCCUCAUUCACAGUUUAUUCCAUCAGUUUUUUUGCUGUUUUUUUCUGAUUUGUGCUACGCUCGACUAAACAGAUCUUGAACUGAAAGGAUUUCACAAAAUGUUCGACUGUUCUUUUCAAGGACUGUCCUAACCGAGAACGGUAACUAUAAAGAUACUGAUAUGUUCUGUAAACGGUGGCGCCAGGAAAUUGAUCCUAAAAUGGACAUUGAUGACAUGUUACUGCUCUGUCUUGUCAGAAACAGCAGAUAAAACAUUUAUGAAGCACUUGAUUUAGCUUUUAUUUAUCAUUGUUCUUAUUGUAAAGAAGAAUGUGAAUAUUAAGAAUAAGAAAAUAAUUUAAAAAAGCAGCCGCUGCUGUGAGGCUUUCGGCAAUUUAAGACAAUAUAUUUAUAGUUGUCCUUCUUGGUGUGUACUGUCCCUUUAGCGGACAUUGCUUCGUGUGUGUCGGUUGUUACAGAGCAGGUGAAGAGAUUAGUGUGUGAUGUCAUGAAUGUACGGCAGGUUUCGGUAAGUUGUCCUGAUAAUGGUGAUGUUGAUGAUGAUAUAAUGCCUGGUCGUAGCAAGGAGCUUAGUGAGCUGCAUGGAUGUAUUAUAACAAAUGGAUACUGGACCCAAAUUCAGCCUAAGCCUUAAUGAACAGCAUUCAUAGUGGCACAACGGUGGAAUUACAAUUUUUGGGUCCAUCACUUGAUGCCAUGGGGCCCAAGAAGACAUUUUUUCCAAAGAGAAAGAGAUGUCUGUAAAAAAAAAAGUUAUAUAUGACACGUGAGUGGCCACUGGGAAAAAUUGGCUGCAAAGCUGAGUGGCACCGUGUCCAGUUCUGUAAUACCUCCAUGGUGAGGUACAGUUAGCCAUCUUAGCAUGUUAGCUUCCCACUGUUUGCGUGCAAUAAUAUAAUAGUUAAAUGAAAUUAUAGAUAUUGAUUACUGAGACUAUUGUUAAUAGAUUAUCAGUAACUCACUGCUAACAUUUCAGGUCAUUCUGCACCACUUAAGCACAAACUUUCUACCUGCACAUCUGAUAUUAAUUAAUCUGAAGCUUGCUGAUUUUAUUGAGAGAAACUCACUUCCUCUUUUCACAGAAUCCACAGAAGUGAUUGAUCACUGAAUAAUUAAAUGACCAAUUAAUGAAUUCCUAGCCUUUUUUUCAGCAUUAAAGUCGCCUGUGUAUGAUAAACCAUCAGUUAUUGAAAACUGAAAGUCUUGGGAGAAGCUGAGGCGACACUAUAGCUGAGUGUGAUUGGCUGAGAGACCUGUCAAUCAAGGCGCUCCUAAAUACCUCUUUUUUAAUAUCUUCUUCAUUGAACAACGAUUUUCAGAAUUUCCACACAGACACAUUAGAGUUAGAAUAAUUUACUGAAAACAAUUUAUUGCCUUUUUUUGUGGAUGUUCUUUCUUGAUGUUUGGGAACAAUAUAAAGUGAGGGGAAUCUGAUCCAAAAGGUCUAAAUAUUUAUGAUUCUGAGUUUUCAGACUCUUCUCACAGUCUUUGUUCAAUGCUCUAAAUCAUUUUAAACUGGAUCUUUGAGUGUCGAUUCUCUUCACCAUUUAUUCACUUUAUGUUUUUGUUCAAAACGUUCUUAUUUUUUAUGUUUCACUGAACACAAACUCUGCUCUGCUGGACCAACACUCACUGUGAGCUCUGAGGCUCUUAAAUGUGCUUUUAUUUUGUAUUUUUUUAACUGAUCAAGAAAAUCCCUUCAUACUCUUCUAAUUUCACUUCACUGUCUCGACUGUUGGUGUCUAUUAAUUUCUAUUGAUGUCUAAUAAUGAUGAUGAUGUGUAUUUUGUAUUGAUGUCUUGUCCGUGGGAUGCAGGGGAGGGAUAACUCUGUAGAGAUGAGAAUAAUAAAGAUGUAUUUAUUUUCAGUA